AUGGCGAGCACCACCAACGCCGCUGUGAUUUCCUGCGUUGUUCUAGUAGUUUUCCUGCAGGUGUCAUGCGCCGUUUCCAGGCACCCCGCGGAAAGUAAGUUCGAGCUUCGACAGAACGUCCCGGCGGUGAUGACGGUGAACGGCUUCCAGCAGGGAGAGGGGGGCGGCGGGCCGGCGUCGUGCGACGGCCAGUUCCACAGCGACGACGAGUUCGUGGUGUCGCUGUCCUCGGAGUGGUACGCCGGCGGGGCACGGUGCGGCAGGUACAUCCGCAUCGUCGACUCGUUCAAUAUUGGCAUAAACGUCAAGGUGGUCGACGAGUGCGCCGGCUGCGACAACGAGGUGGGCGCCUCAUCCCAUAUCUGGAAGAGCCUCAAUCUUGACACAAGCCAAGGUGAGGUCAACAUCAGAUGGUCCGACCUGGACUUCUAA